GAUUUGUGUUGCGGCAAUUCGCAUGCACUGCUCAGUAGCUGCUUGAAACGCCACAUGUGCAGUUCCCAAAAUAAAAAUAAAUAAAUAAAAUCACUUUGCAGCAAUGGCCAUGGAUGACUACGACGAUGACAUGAGCAGCGUGGGCGUAACCACGGCACGCAUUGAGAACCACCAGCAGCAGCAACAGCACCAGCAGCACCACCAUCAAUACCCACAGGGUCAGAGCCAGCACAGUGCGGGUGCCGUCAAGGUGGGCGGUUGGCGCUACGAGGACGCCAGUCGCUACAUUGGCGAGUGGAAUCAGCGUGGACAGAAGCACGGCAUCGGGCAUCUGCAGUUGGCCGACGGCACUCGCUAUGACGGACAAUUUCUGGAGGGUCUCAGCCAGGGACUGGGCUGCCUCUGGUUUCCCGAUGGCGCCAAAUACGAGGGAGAAUUCCAUCAGGGCUGGUUUCAUGGCAACGGCAUCUUUUGGCGCUCGGACGGCAUGAAGUACGAGGGUGAGUUUCGUGGCGGCAAGAUCUGGGGUCUGGGUCUGCUCACGUUUCAGGACAUGACGCACGGCUUUCCACGCAACGAGGGCUACUUCCAGGACUGUCGCUUCAUGCGCAAACGUCGCUGUCCGGACAUUGUGCAGCGUGCCCAGAAAUGUGCGUUAAUGGCGCGAUCCCAGUGCGAUCAUCCCUAUUAAAGCAAGCUGGCCACAAAAUAAACAAACGAUCAACAACAACAACCAAUAAAAGAAAAAAAGACGCCCAUCUAACAUUUGUGCGUAUAUUGCUUUCAUU